CCUUCUUUGCUUGUGCUGCAUAACAGACGAUCAGAGUUAUCAGAGACUCGUGUUGGAGUUUGUGUUUAGUGAAUGAUAUCUCUGAGCUUUGUUAGCUGUAGUUUUGUUUUUGUUGAAGAUUUGGUUUGAUGCCCAGAUGUUUGGAGUAUCUUUCAUGGCUGAGAUGGUUUGAGGAUGAAUCUCACGCAUUUAGUUGAGGUUUCUUGACUUGUUGAAGGAUUCAGUGCAGGAUAUAGCUGAGCUUUCGUAGGACCUAAAUACGCAGUUGUUAACCUCUCUGGACCUGAUGAUAUAUUUGAGGGUACUAAGCUUGGAAAUCCAAGAGUUUUGAUAUAGAUCAUGCUCUGUGGACCAAUACUUUAUCCUGUACCUAUGGCUGUUUUCUCAGCAUCAGUGCAGUACUUUUUGUUUGGCAUCAGAGAUUCCUAACUAGUUCUCUGUGUGUUUGUUGGAGUAAGCGGUUUUGGAAUACAACCCCGUUUGUAUUCAUAAGUAUUUAUCUAUACACCAAUAUGAUAAGUAUAAGUUUCUGGUCAAUAAUGGUCUUGAUCAGAAUAUUAGGCUUCUUUGUUUAGUGGAAUUAGCAUUAGAAAGCAUUUUCUGUGGAUUUUUUGGUGGGCACAUUAGGUAAUGUGAAAGUGAUCUGAGGUAACAUGCCAGUUGCAAGGGUAUGGUUGGCUAGAGGCUAAUCUCCACCAUUGUUUUGCUAGGAUGAUUGGUAUGGAAGAUAAUCCUUGUGAUGUAGAUGUGAUUUGACUUUGUGCUCCGUGCUUUGUGAUUCUAAGGACCUCGAAUGAAUUUUCUAGUGCUGAAAAGUAUUUCGUGUCAAUGCUAUUAUGCAACGGAAGUUUCUGAAUCUUGCUGUCUUCUGUUUGCUUGUAAAUGUUUGGAGUUUGCCACCUCUAGUACAUGCUAUAUGAGAGUAGUAAUAUUAUGGUGGGGAAAGACACUGGCCGUCCACGUGGUUUCGGGUUUAUUACAUUCACUGAUCGCCGAGGAGCUGAUGAUGCAAUUAAGCACAUGCAUGGGAGGGAGUUGGGUAAUAGGGUCAUUUCAGUGAACAAGGCUGAGCCCAAAAUUGGUGGAGACGAUGCAGACAAUUUGCCUAAGGGUGGAGGCUAUUCAUCCCGAGGGAAGGGAAGUGAGGAUGAGUGCUUUAAGUGUGGACGCCCUGGUCAUUGGGCUCGAGACUGCCCAUCAACUGGUGGUGAUCGAGGACGGGUUAGAGAUCCCCUACCGUUGCGCUCUAGACUUGGAGGAUUCGAUGGACAUCGUGAUCGCUAUGGAGAUCGUGAACUAGAGAGGGAGCGUGACCGUGACCGCUACUUGGAAGCACGCCGUGAUCGUGAUGUGGGACGAUAUAGCUAUAGGGACCGCUUUGAUGGUGGAGACAAGUAUGAACCUCGUGAUCACUAUCCGAUGGAGAGAUACGCACCACCUGGAGAGCGUUUGGUGAUUGAUAGGUAUGGGAUGCCUGAGCAUCAUCAUCAUCAACUUGAGAAUGAAUACCGCGGGAGAGAGAGAAGCUAUGACAGGGAUAGAUACGCAAGGGAUACAAGUGAUAGGUAUGGAGCUAUGGGACCAUUACGCGAUGAGGGAAGACCCUACAGAAGCAGACCUGGUCCUUAUGACCGUCCUAGCCGAGCUGGAGGCCGACCUUCAUCAUAUGAACGUUGGUAGUUUGUUUGGCAAAUGUCAAUGCUUCUGUAUUUUGGAUUUAGGUCUAUAUCAGAUAGAACUCGAAAUCUAGAUCUCGGUUAUGCUUUUUUUGUCGAAUACAGUAUUAUUUAUGAUUCUUGAUCAGACUAAAUAGUUUCGUGUUUGAUGA